GUGCAAGCUCACCUACAAUGGCAGUCAAUCUGGAUAGGAGGAGAAUUAACGCCCCGAGUGGUGGCACUUUGGCCCCGGUGUUUGCGAGAACGGUAAAAGAGCCUGGGUACCUUCAAUCGCUGCGGCCGUCACGAACAAGAGGUCCAAACGAGCCCCGCCAGAUCUUCCUCCAAACCGGCAUCGUCCCCUCCGCCUCCGGCUCCGCAUACCUCGAAAUUCCCUCCGCCUCUUCACCUUCGAAAUCGACGCUUAUACCUCCUACAAGUUCCCUCAAAAUCGCCGCAUCUGUCCAAGGCCCAAAGCCCCUCCCUCGUAGCGCCUCUUUCUCCCCUUCCCUCCUCCUCACCACAACCGUAAAGUUCGCGCCCUUUGCAACGCGCCACCGGCGCGGCUACAUACGAGACUCCACAGAACGCGAUCUGGGGGUACAUGUCGAGACCGCACUGCGGGGCGUCAUGAUAGGAGAGCGAUGGCCGAAGAGCGGGGUUGAAGUGGUUGUUACGGUGCUAGAGGGCGAUGAGAAUGGAUGGUGGGGAGAUGUUGAGGGGAAUGGGACGGGCAAUGGAGGCGGGUGGGGUUUGCUGAAUGUGCUGGCAGGAUGCAUAACGGUGGCCAGUGCCGCGAUUGUGGAUGCGGGGAUUGACUGUGUGGAUAUGGUUUCUGGGGGAGUGGCGGCGAUCAUACGGAACCCAGAGGCGAAAGAUGCGAAAGAGAAGGUGAUGCGGAUACUGGAUCCGUGUCCGGCAGAGCAUCAGGAGAUUGUUGCGGCUUGUGCGGUCGGAUAUCUGGCGAGCAGGGAUGAGAUUACGGAAAUUUGGGUGAAGGGCGAUGUUGGCACCGACCCGGAUGGGCUCAUUGAGGGUGCUACGCAUGCGGCGGUGGGGAGCUUGAGCGUGCUGAAAGAGGUGUUGCUUGAGGCUUUGGAGGCAAAGUUUCAGACCCAGUCCGCUGACGCGAACGGGGGACUGAAGCGGAAGCAACAGGAUGUGCAAAUGACAGGAUGAUACCGAGUAGACUUCUUUCGACUAUUCUUUAGGAACUUGAGCACGAACGGACAGGAAAGGGUCGCGGAUCUCUCUCGCAUAGCGCCGGCGUUUUGGGCGGAAGGCGGAUAUACCAAAAAGCUCGUGCAUCUGACGGCUGACUUUGCAUUCGGAGCCAUUCGAGCGGCUGCGCAAGGAAAGUCGUGUUACCACGAGAUGAGCUGGAUUCCAGCAACGCAACUCGAAGCGUCAUCAUCCAGCCGUCUAGCCAGUUUUCCCCGAAAAUAAACAUUUUCCCCAAACCUCCGGAUGCCGCCCAGUAGCCCCAAGCAAACCG